AUGAUGGAGAUCCAAGUGCCCUCAACAGAUCCUAUUCGCGACGCCGAAGGCUUUCUUUUCAAAUGGUGCUACGAUGACUGUCGUGCCAGCGAUCGACGCAAAUUGUACAACAUACUCUUCAGGGCCAAGUCCUUCAAUGAUUUGGUCCCCACCCUGAACAUGGUCUGGGACAGGGACUCGCUGGCCUUGGCUCUUAAUGACACCCCCGAGACCUACAGAAUACGAGCCUUCAACCAGCUUCGAGAACGCAACCCCGAUGCAUAUAAAGAGCUUAUCGGGAAAGUUUCAAGCCUUCAACGGAUUGUAUACGAGAAGGACCUGGAUCCGACUUUUCUUUAUCCACGCGUGGCUACGAACUCUUUCAUGGCUAUCCUGCCGCCCGAGGCACGUCAAUGCUUCGACUGCGGCAAGGAAUUCGACGAGUUUUCAGACAUAAUAUGGCAGCCAUGUCGGAAACAUGUCGGAUCACUCUCAAGCCGGCAACUCCAUCGGUGCGUCCAAAUGAAUUCCGGCCUCGCCACAAACUCAAAGAACACAACCUCCCUUGCGCGGUUCUUAUUUUCCGCGGUGUCAUCUUCCCAUCUGACUCCAAAUUUGUGGCGUCGGGAAUCGAUCCUGAAUUUUGCCACUUCCCUGCCAAAUGACUCUUCAGGGCGAGCCUUCGCAUUUCCGCUGCUCUUUGGGGACAAUGAGGUCCCGUCCAGUCGUGACGAAUAUGACGCGGGUUAUUAUCGUUGCUGUCAGGUCAUUGAGGGACUUGGAGCUGUCUCUUAUUUCGGGAGUCGUGCGGUCGAGGCGGAUAUCUUGGAGCCGGUGGCAACAACACUAGUCACCAUCUCCAGCCUACAACAGUCGGACGAAGCCUCGCACCAAUCGCUCCACAUUCCCCGUUGGCCUAUCUCCCUUCGUCCACGAUUCCCCCCGUGGGCUUUCGAUGACCAACUGGCGUUCUUCGACUGCAACUGUUUAUUUCACAUUGCUAUCUACCUGGGCAAGGACUCGUCGGCGAUCUGA